AUGAACGCUUCAACACCUCAACAUAAUUGCAUCAUCUCUCAUGAAAAUUUAAUAAACUUUUGUGCCGCAUUUUAUAUGAGAAUCACUGCUAUUGAUAGGAUGAAUUUAGUUAAUUUAGGAGAAUUAAACUAUCGAAUCAAUAAUAGGAUUCUUGAUAUUGAUACUGAGGUUUCUCCAGAUGUUUUCGGAUUGUUUAAAUAUGAAGAAUUAAGCCUGCGAAAAAGAAUAAAAGAACUUACUAAUUAUGUUUCCGAUAAUCAAAAUAUAUUUCACAUUAUAAUAUUAAAUGAGACUCGUCUAAGAAAACAUGAAAUAGACAAUGACAAUUUCAACUUACCUGGCUAUAUAUCGCAUCAUUCAACUAGAGAAAAGGAAGGCGGUGGUGUUUCAAUUUUUGUGCUUAAAAGUUUUUCUCAAACAAAUGAAAUCUCCAAUUUUGAGUUUGAAAAUAGUAACUUUCUUAUUGUCAAUCUAGUAAAAUAUAACUUGAAAAUUGGAGGAUUUUAUAAACCACCAAAUUCAAAUGUUGAAAAUUUCCUUUCGAGACUAGAUCUUGUUGAAUCAAACGGAUACAAGAUAUUAAACAGUCUUGCGCAUGACAUGUUCACAAGACAAGACCCUGUUUGGAGAACAAGAUCAUGCAUAGAUCAUAUAUUUACAGACACAUUCUCACAUCAUGAUAAAAUUAUUAAAGAAAAACUUCUUUUAAAUUCUCCAACGGAUUCUUUUAAUAGUUUCUUGGAUUAUUUUCAAAAAAUCGUUUCAGAUCAUACAAUUAAUAAAUCAAUGAAAGAACGAUUUCAUCAUCAUCAUCAUCAGUAA